AUUGUGCCAUCGUUCAACAACUUUGUUCACGCAAUCACCUGCUUUUCUCAAGUCUCGCAUUCCCAUUUCAGAGAGGCGAUUGUGCUUAAGUAUCACGGCCCGUGCCCUCCACCACGCUAUAUACGCCCGCUCAGCCCACUUGCCAGCGCUAUCGCCGCCAAAGCACGCCAGUCACCCGAUCACCAAAAGCACCCGUCGGCCCAACGACCUGAUAACCACUUUGCCUUGCGCGUACUUCCCAAGCCAGCGUCCUCUCGGGCUUCCGACCAGGCCCACGACAACAAUACAACCGUCCCCGUCGAAGGUAUCGUCAUGACCAACCUGUCCUCCCGCUGCCAGCUGUAACCCGACAAUCAUGGCCGGGCAGUCGCCCCCAACAUCCAUGCCCGCCGCCUUCCUCCGGCGCAACCGCCCAAUCCCGCUCUCGGCCACGUCGUCCUUCUCGUCCCUGCAUGACAUGCCUAGGACGAGGCGGCUUCGCCUGCUCGUAGCCGCAAACGGCGCCCGCGACGUCGCUUUCGCCCAGACCAUUGCCGUCCGCCUCCUCAAAGAUGCCCAGAUCGAGACGAGGGCGCUUGUCGACGACGUCCCGCCGCGGCUCACACACGAUAUUCUCGUCAUGGAGAACCGCAGCCUCGCGACCUUAGCCAUCGACGCGAGCGAACGCACCCGCGAGGCGAUCGAGGCUGCGCGACAAACUGCCGCUGAGCUCGUCGAGUGGGCCGAUCUCCUCGUCCUGGCUCCCAUCGAUGCCGACCACCUCGCGAAGAUGAUGGGCGGAAUCGCCGACACUACCCUGCUCGAAUUGCUGCGCGCGUGGGACGUGUCCAAAAAGAUCCUCCUGGUGCCGGGCAUGUCGGUGCAGAUGUGGGAAAACCCAAUGACCAAGAAGCAGCUCAGCAAGAUUAAGCGGAAAUGGAACUGGGUCCGAGUCAUGUCCCCGAUUCUCUGGAACUACGACAGCCAGACGCCCAAUAAGCGUGCUGUGUCUUGGGAUGGGCUCAACGAUUUGAUCGGGAUUAUCAAGAACCAGGCGGAGCUCAUGUCCUUGGGCCAUGAUGUGGAGGUUGCGGCGCAAAAAGCGGCGAUGCAGCCCACAAAUCAUGAGCGGAUAUUGACAGGUUUGCCACCAGAGAUCUGGACUCUCAUAUUUGAACACGUGGGCGACUGGGAGCUGGCCAAGGCCUUGAAUAUCUACACGAAUCUGCGAACGCCUACCGAGUGGCGCACGAAUCGUGCCGACCUGGUCGAUCCAGUGAGCAUAUACAUGCACGACCUCGAGUGGCUCAUUCUGUCGUGCCCAGGAUCGGACGUCAUCUGCCAGAUGUUGUCGGAAGCUCCCAAGGGCUUGCGUUACGUGUCGUCGCUGGCGGUCAAGCUCAUCAUCAAGUUCUCCCUGAUUGAUGUCCUCACCUACCUUGAGACUCACCUGAGCAAGGUCUUCUGGGCUUCGUUCAGCGCCAAGCUUUUACCGAACAAGGCUUCGGGAGUCUAUGGGAGGGUAGACAUUCUCGACUGGUGGAACACGUCGCCCUCGUUUCUCAAGAAGGAGUACGACGCUGAGGCCCUUGAUAACGCGUCACGGAUGGGCUACAUCCACGUGCUUGACUGGUGGCUGAGGUCCGGCCUACCCCUGAAAUACACCGAAGUCGCCCUCGAGCAGGCGUCCAGCAAGGGUCACCUCUUUGUCCUGGAGUGGUGGCGCGACGCUGCUCUGCAAGACGACAGCAUUCAGCUCAAGCCCGGCCGGAGUCUACUUAGCGCGGCACAGCAAGGUCAGACCGCUGUGCUACGGUGGUGGGAGACUUCUGGUAUCCCUGUCGCCCACUCCGAGGGUGUGUGCAAGAUUGCCAGCGCCCACGGUCAGACAGCAGUGCUCGACACUUGGCGCGAGCUCAAGGGCGACAAGCUCUCGUUCGACGCACAGGUGCUCGUCGCGCCCACGAAGCAGGGCCACGUCGCGGUGCUCGAGUGGUGGAAGCAGUACGCGCGCGGCGAGCAGGCGGGAGACGGCAAGAAGCAUCGUGUCGAGUACAAGACGUGCGAUAUCGAGGAGGCGCUAGAAGAUGCUGUGGGCGACCCGAAGCCAAUCCGCAGGUGGUGGGCGCGCAACGGGCUGAAUCUGGGCUUGCCGACGAGUGAUUGGAUGAAGCCGAAGCUGUUGUAGAAGUAUGGAGCUGAGGGCCAGGGACACGCAGAAUCUGGACACCAGAGUGAACAUUUUAGCAAGCAAGUACAAAUUGAAUUUUUUGAAUUGUAA